CGGGGGGGGGGGGGGGUAUCUGCUGGAGUACAUAUAUAAAAGGCCCCGCGCAGCGCCGGCCCCCGCCCCCCGGCCACCUCUCUUUCCACCUUACGACGCUCACCUUGACAAACACAUAUACCUGCACACGCACGGACAGACAGACAGGCAGACAGGCAGACACAUCGUCAGCUACCUCCUGCACACGGACCCGCUACACCAAUCUACACAUAGACACACGCACGCACACACACACACACGCCCAUACGUGUGCAUAUCCAUCCAUAACCGAGACCCACGUACUCCAUGCUACGCCUGGCUAUUCAGUCAACUCGCGGCGGCGCGGCGUUCGCGCGCGGCACCCUCCGGCCACUGGCCACCCGAGCCGUGUCGAUGAGCGCGGCCGUGAGUGGCGACCCCGUGCCCGGUGAUGGGCAGCGGCGGCUGGCACGGCCUCGGCUGUGCCGCUCGGCGGGUGGCCUGCUCGCGCCGGGCCCGCUGCUGCGCCUGGACGGCGGCGGCGCGGCGGGCUGGGCCCCGCGCGCGGGGUACCAUUCGCAGCCGCCGCGCGGCUUCGGCAGCAUGCCCGGCCAGCAGCACCCGCCGCAGCAGGGCGAGGAGCAGGACCCGCUGACGCAGUACGGCGUGGACCUGACGGCGCAGGCGCGCGCCGGCCAGCUGGACCCGGUCAUCGGCCGGGACGACGAGAUUCGCCGAGUCAUCCAGAUUCUCUCCCGGCGGACCAAGAACAACCCCGUGCUGAUUGGCGAGCCGGGUGUCGGUAAGACCGCCAUCGCCGAGGGGCUGGCACUGCGCGUGGCCGCCGGCGACGUACCGGACUCCCUGCGCGGCAAGCGUGUCAUCUCGCUGGACCUGUCGGCCCUGAUCGCCGGGGCCGGGGUUCGCGGGGAGUUCGAGGGCCGGCUGAAGGCCCUCCUGGCGGCGGCCACCAAGCCGGAUGCCAAGACCAUUCUCUUCAUCGACGAGCUGCACACGCUGCUGGGGCUGGGCCAGGGCGGGGGCGGCGUGGACGCGGCGAACAUGCUGAAGCCGGCCCUGGCGCGCGGGCAGCUCCGAUGCGUGGGGGCCACCACCAUCGACGAGUACCGGAAGUAUGUGGAGCGCGAUGCGGCCCUGGCCCGGCGCUUCCAGCCGGUGCCGGUGGGCGAGCCCUCGAUCUCGGCCACGCUGGCCAUCCUGCGCGGGCUGCGCGAGCGGUAUGAGCUCCACCAUGGGGUGCGGAUUGCGGAUGCGGCCCUGGUGGCGGCGGCCGAGAACACCGCGCGCUAUGUGUCCGAUCGGUUCCUGCCGGACAAGGCCAUCGACGUGGUGGACGAGGCGGCGGCCCGGCUGCGAGUGCAGCACGAGUCCACCCCGGAGCCGGUGGAGCGCGCCCGGCGCGCCAUCACCCUGAAGCGCAUCGAGCGCACGGCCAUCGCCAAGGACCUGGCCGCCGGUGGGGAUGGCACCGGGUCGGAGACUCGCGCGCGGCUGGAGCAGCACCUGCGCGACCUGGACGAGGACCUGGCCCACCUGGAGGAGGUGCUGGCCAAGCUGACGGCCCGGUGGGAGCGCGAACGGACGCGCCUCACGCGCAUCCAGCUGAAGCAGACCGAGCUGGACCGGGCCCGGCGCGAGCUGGAGCAGUCCCAGCGCGACGGGCGCCUGGAGCGGGCCGGUGAGCUUCUGUAUUCGGUGAUCCCGCGUCUGACGGCGGAGAUCCGCGAGGCGACGGCUGCCGCGGCCGAGGCCGGUGCUCGUGGGUCGCUGGUCGGGGACUAUGUCACGGCGCGCGACAUCAACGAGGUGAUCGCCCGGUCGACCGGCAUCCCGGUGGCCGACCUGGAGCGCGGCGAGCGGCAGCGUCUGCUGGAGCUGGCGGACCGGCUGGGCGAGCGGGUGCGUGGCCAGGGCCCGGCCGUGCGCCGGGUGGCCGAUGCCGUGUGCGCCUCGCGGGCCGGGCUCGCGCCGCCCGACCGGCCGGUGGCCACCUUCCUGUUCCUCGGGCCGACGGGUGUCGGGAAGACGGCCCUGGCGCAGGCGCUGGCGGAUGAGCUGUUCGGCCAUUCGUCCGCCUCGCCCAGUGUCGGCGAUGAGGAUGACGAGGGGGAUGGCGCGCUGCCGAGCGCCGGGCCCUCGGCCGAGGCGUCGCUGGCCAAUGACCGGCUGAUUCGCAUCGACAUGUCGGAAUUCUCGGAGCCCCACUCGAUCAGCCGGCUGAUUGGCUCGCCGCCGGGGUACAUCGGCCAUGAUGAGGGGGGCAUGCUGACGGAGCGCGUGCGCCGGGCCCCCUACUCGGUGGUGCUGCUGGAUGAGAUUGAGAAGGCGGCGCCGGAGGCGCGGCAUGUGCUGCUGCCGCUGCUGGACGCCGGGCGGCUGACCGAUGGCCGGGGCCGGACGGUGGACUUCCGCAACACGGUGGUCGUGAUGACCAGCAACAUCGGCGCCGGGGCGGUGGUCGGGCCCGGGGUCACCGGGGGGGCGGCCGGGCCGGGGGCCGAGACGCCGGAGGAGCGCCGGCACCGGGAGCAGGCCACACGCGAGGUGGCCCUGCGCCAGCUCCGGUCGCGCUUUUCGCCGGAGUUCAUCAACCGCAUUGACGGGGUGGUGGUCUUCCGGGCCCUGACACCGGUGGAGCUGGAUGCCAUCCUGCAGGACCGGGUGGAGGCGCUGAACCAGCGCCUGGCCCGGCGCUGGCCGGGGGGCGUGUCGCAGCCGGCCCCCGGCGGCGAUGCCCCGGCCGCCGGGGCCGCUGGCGGCGGCCUGGUGCCGAUUGCCGGCGAUGGGGAUGCCUCGUCGGCAUCGCACCACCACCACCACCACCAUCGGUCGGAGGGGGACAUUCGGCUGGUCAUCGCGCCGGACGCGCGCGAGCGCAUUGUCCAGGCGGCGGCCGCCGUCAACCAGGGCGCCUACGGGGCACGGCCGCUGCUGCGCAUGGUGGAUCGGCUGCUGAACCGGCCGCUGGCGCGGCUGGUCCUGUCCGGGGCCGUCCGCCAUGGGACCGUGGACAUUGCCCUGGUGGAGGGGACCGAUGACUGGGUCCGGUGGACGCAGACCCCUCCCGGGGGGGCUGGCCCGGAGCGGGAGCUCUGCCGGGUGCGCAUCCGCUCGGAUGAGGAUGACUCCUUCGACGAUGAGGAAGACACGGAUGUGGUGCUGGGCGACCAGCAGCAGUACCACAUGCCGGACAGCAGUGAGUGGCACACCGGCGGCCAGGGAGACGGGGGCGAUGGCGAGGGCGGCAGCCGCCCGGCCGGCCGGCCGCCCACGGCCUCGGGCUUCUGAAGCGCCGGUGUACGAUCGCAGAAUGCACGCCAACGGAGGCCGCCCAAUAUACGCUUAAUCGGUCCUUAAUCCGGCGGUCUCGGAGGGCUUUUGCGCGGGGUUCGGCGCUGGCCGCGGGGGUUACCCGGGAAGGGGGGGCAACCCUGGCAACGGCGACAGGGGGACGGGCGGG